AUGGCGUUCGCUCAGGCGUCCGUGCUGCGCCACGUCGGUGAUGUCUGCGCGCUGGUGUCGCGAGGGAGGUCCUCGCGGGCCCAGCGGCCCGCGGCGCCUCCUCGAGGCCGCACGACGCGCAGCGGGCGGGCGCACCGUCGUGCUGCAGGAGCGCUCGCGCCGUCCACGGGCGGGGGCGCGGGGGUGCCCGAGGUCGACUUCACGGAGCCAGCUCCCCAUCUGACCGACGGCGCCGGGCGCAGGCUGCUCAAGGGGCUGCAGAGGGAGGAACUGGUGCGGUGGUGCGCGCAGGCGGGCGAAGCCGACCCGGCCCGCAGGGCGGCGCAGCUGUGGCGCUGGAUGUACGCGGACGGCCGCUGGGCACGGAGCUUCGAGGAGACCGCCGGGAAGCAGGACGGGUUCUCCGCACAGUUCCGCGAGGCCGUGUCGAGCACGGCGACGCUCGACGGCGGUCUGCAGCUCCUCGAGGCCGUGCGCGCGUCCGACGGCACCACGAAGCUCGUGUUCGCCAUCCCCGACGGCCCGGCGGCAGGCGGCCGCGUCGAGACCGUGCUCAUCCCCGUGACGCGCGAGGCCGGGAAGAAGCGCCGCGUGACGCUGUGCGUGUCCAGCCAGAUCGGGUGCGCGAUGGGCUGCAAGUUCUGCUACACAGGGAAGAUGGGUUUGCGGGGCAACCUGUCGGCGGCGCAGAUCGUCGAGCAAGUGGUGGCCGCGCGGCGGUACCUGGCGGAGCAGCCGGACGGAGACCCGCGGUCGCUGACGAACGUCGUGUUCAUGGGCAUGGGUGAGCCUCUGCACAACCUUGGGAGCGUCAUGUCGUCGAUCGAGGUGAUGUGCGACCCGUCCGGGCUGCACAUCUCCCGCGGCAGGGUGACCGUGUCGACCGUCGGGCUGAUCGAGGGCAUCCGGGCCUUCUGCCAGGACGCUCGCGGCGCGCAGCUCGCCGUGUCGCUGCACGCCACCACGGACGACGGCCGCUCCUCCAUCGUGCCCGCGAACAACCGGCACCGGCUCCCGGACCUCAUCGCGACGCUCGAGGAGCUCUUUCCGCGCGGAGGCCGACGCUUCGUUCUCAUCGAGUACACGAUGCUCGCGGGCGUCAACGACGACGUCGCGCCCGGCGGCGACGCGGACCGACUGGCGGAGCUGCUGCGCCGCGUGGAGUGCAAGGUGAAUCUGAUCGUGUUCAACACGCACGAGGGGGCGGAGUUCGCGGCGUCGCCCGCCGACCGCGUGGCCGAGUUCCGCGGCCAGAUGAUCCGCGCGGGCUACGUCUGCACCGUCCGCGACUCGCGCGGGGAAGACGGCAUGUCCGCGUGCGGGCAGCUAGGGGCCAGCCUGGCGCAGAGCCCGUCGUGA